UCUUCUAGUCCCUCACCCGCUCACCUGCUCACGAUCACCUUGCCCAAACCACCUCUUCCGCAUCACUCCACCCCCGAACUUGCAAACCAACCUCUACGCGUCCCCGCUACACAUCAAAUCGCGCCAUAGCACCACUCGCUUCACUUCACCUACGACUGAUACCAACAUCCAACAACGAGUCACGAUGGACAAACUUCGCGAGGGCCAAGAACUUGAAGCUCUCCAGACUCGCUGGGUGGGCACCGGUUCUGAACACACCACCCCUAGGGAGUUCCACCUCAAUCUCCAGCGCGACACCAAGGCGAGCUUCAUCGGUCACCCCCCAAUGCUCCAGUAUAUCGCCACCGGUCUCGGUCUUUCGCGUGAGAUGACUCGCGUGAAGCUCCUCGAGGAGAUGGCCAUUCUCCUUGCCGUCAAGCAGGCCACCACCAAGAAAGCUAUCCGCGAGCGCUCCAAUGUCGACAAAUCCGUCGAGGCCAAGCUCGAGGGCAACGAGUCCGAUGACUAA